CUAUGAUCCGACGAAUUUGUCAACAUGGCGAAGAAAUAUUAUGGCAUAAAUCUGUCGAAACUGCUAAUAAUACAGAGUUUUACUCUGGUAAUGUUCAGUGGAAGAAUGAAUACAUCUGCAUGCACCGUUGGAAACUUCAAUCUUACAAGUAUCCAAACGUGGGAGACAUGGACAGCUAAGACAGCAGUAGACGGUACAGGAAGCACUUUCUUCUUGAAUCUAUGUGAGAAUGUUGGUCCUUCGAAUCCUGGCUCUACAGUAUGUGAUGCCACUGUCUCAUCCUGCCUGAAACAAGGGGACACUUUCACAAACAUCGGAAGCCACAAUGACACCCUUCAGCUUACAACCAAUGAAAACACGGGAGGAUUCCGUCUUGACUACAGGGGAAGCGAUUGCAACGGGACAGAGAAGUACCAGACCACUGUUGACUUCAAGUGUGGCACCACAUUGGGUUCACCAAAUUUCUUGGAGAAGUCCGGGUGCACAUACUUCUUUGAAUGGUACAGUACGGUUGCAUGCAGCAGUGUGAACGGACCCGCGCUCAAUGAGGUGCCGUGCUCUCUCUAUGAUUCUAAAGGAAAGAAACGUGACCUUUCACCCCUGAUCAAACUAAAGGGAGGAUACCUAGUAGAGUCUCCUGAUGCUGAUGAUCUCUAUAUCAAUGUGUGCAGGGAUAUCACUGCAGAUGCCACUGGUCCAACAGUACGUUGCCCGGCCGGUUCAGCAGGCUGUCUGGUCAAGAAGGGUCUCUCCAUGAGCAUGGGAAAGCCUCACCUCAAGCUGGAGAGGCUCUCUGAUGAUGAACUCAAGCUUCACUAUGAGGGAAGGACAGUCCUAGACUCCUGUAAUGGGUUUGUACCCACUAUGACCAUAGUCUUCAUGUGCCCGAGGGAUCAGGGAAGGUUUGCUGCGACUCGCGGCCCGAUUCAAUUGUCAAGUACCAACUGCCAGUACCAGAUCCAAUGGCAGACGGAGUAUGCUUGUGAGGUUGAUAUGCUUACUACAGACACAUGUGCCUUCAACUCGCCCACGCAUGGCAUCGACUUUGACCUUUCACCUCUCACAAAACCAGAUGGUGAUUUCUACCUGAUGACUACUGACAGCUAUUACUACUACAUCAAUAUAUGUGCUGAUUUGAUAGAUUUUAAAGUUUGUGAGGGUAUGGCAGUAUGCCAAGUAGACCGUGGUUCCAGUGCAGUGUCCGGUGUCUCAGCAGGGCAGAAUAGUAGUCAUGAAUUAAGGUAUUCUGAUGGAGAAUUAACUCUGAUCUACAAAGGUGGGGCUGUGUGCAAUCAUAACAAGUUCCAGAGGACCUCAGUAAUCUCAUUCCAGUGUAAUCAAACAAGUGAUCCUGGUCAACCAGAAUUUGUGACAGAGACAGAGUGCACCUAUUUCUUCCAAUGGCAGACCAAGUAUGCCUGCAUGGCUGAGGCUCCCUCCCAAACCACCUGCAGACUGGCCAAUGGCAAACAGCGUUAUGACCUUUCACCCUUGACCAGAACAUCCGGUUCUAACUGGCUCGUACUGGAUGGGAGGCAUUCCCACCCAGAGGCGACAGAGAGCGAGUAUUUCAUCAAUAUCUGCUCUGAGGUUGUUGAAGGGGAUACUGCCUCCGAGGGAUGUCCGCAAGGCUCUUCUGCGUGUGUUGUAGAUACUGUUGGCACCACAAGAACAGGUAAAAACCUGGGAAGAUACUUGACAUCUCCAAUGUGGCAAAAUGAUCUUAUCACCAUGAGCUACACCGAUGGCGAUAUCUGCAAAGGCAGCACUAAGAAACAAACAGAUAUCACGUUCCUUUGCAGUCCUGGUGACUUGGAGAGCGCCCCCAUCCUGGUGCGUAAAUCAGAAGAUGAAUGUCAGUAUGACAUGGAGUGGCAUACAGCAGCUGCUUGUCCUUUGGCUAGUAAAUGGGGAACAGACUGUAGGGUGUUUGAUGAUGAUGCAGGUGUGUCUUUUGAUCUGAGUCCACUCUCUAAACCAGACGGGCAUUACAAUAUUUCUGCUGGAGAGUAUGAUUACUACAUCAAUGUCUGCAGUGAUAUUAAACUGAGUCCUUGUAAUGAUGCAAGUCAUACCUUACCUCAUGCAGCAGCUUGCCAGGCCAGGAAAGAUGGGAGUGGUACAUCCUACAUCCUUGGGCAGACCAACACAUCACUGGGCUACUUUGAUGGUAUCAUCAAGCUGACAUACCUCAACGGCAAACCUUACAACUCAAACAAUGGACCUGGCAAACCAAGAAUGACUGAGAUUGCCUUCCUAUGUGACGCUGAUGCAGGUGUGGGAACACCACAGUUCUUCCAGGAGAACAAUGCCACUUAUUUCUUCCGAUGGAACACCAAGUAUGCCUGCCCCCAGCAGCCCAUUGAGUGUGUGGUGACGGAUGAAUCCAACAGCGGGCAAUAUGACCUUUCAAGUCUUUCAAAAGCUUUAGAAGAGGAGAACUGGUCGUUUGUUGAUGAGAGGGAUGCAGCGAAUCGUAAGAAGUAUUACAUCAAUGUCUGCAGACCCAUCAAUCCUAUUAAGCUAUGUGGCGCCUUUGCUGGAGUGUGUCAGACAGGAUUUACUCAGACAGAUCAACAAAUAACUGAAACUGAAUCGAUAGCAAACUUGGGUAUACCCGUAUCACCACCUACGAUUGAGAGCAGCGGCCAUCUUUUGUUGACGUAUGAAAAUGGAAGCGAGUGUGGACCAAACAAAAGGAUUACCAGUCAUAUACACUUUGCAUGUAAUAAAGGAACACUGGCUAGCACCCCUCGCUUGCUGGAAGUAGUAGAUUCCUGCACAUACAGUUUCCUAUGGGAGACAGAGGCGGCCUGUCCCAUUGGCGUGUCAACGGGGGAGAAUUGCACAGUGAGGGACUCAAAUUCAGAUUAUGUCUUUAAUCUUCAGCGGCUCAUCAAAGAAGACGGAUAUCAAGUAUUUGGUCCAGACAACCAAGUAUUCAAGAUAAACGUCUGCAAAGGUGUCCCAACAUGCCCUGCUGGUUCAGGGUCAUGUCUCACAUCCACCUUGUCGCUAGGCAACGCAUCAGCCACACCCAUCUUCUCUGAUGAGGGCCUGCUAACGCUAGAGUACACCGGAGGAACCUUUGAUCCAGAGACAGCUAAGAACCCCUCAACGGUGAUAUCCUUCCUGUGUCGUCGCAACGCCUCACUAGCUUCCGCGAGCCCAGUCUUCGUCAGGAAAGAGGGCUCUCGUUACAUCUUUAACUUUGAGACGCCGCUCGCCUGUCUCCCAGAGUCUGUGGAUUGCCUUAUAUCCGAUAGGAAUGGAAACCAGUAUGACCUUUCACCUCUUGCAAAGGAUUCUGGGAACUGGGAGGCGGUGGACACAAGGCCGAACCACCAUGGGUUAAGCUAUCAUAUUAAUGUCUGCAGGCCGAUCAACAAGGGGGAUCCUGCAACUAGUUCAUGCCCAGGUGGACCAAUUGGUGCGUGUCAGAUCAGUGAGAGUGAUAAUAGUGCAUUCAACAUGGGUUACGUCCAAGCCAUGCCCGAAGCGGCAGUAGAUGGAACCCUUAGUCUGCGAUAUGUGAACGGUGACAUCUGUCACGGCAAGUACCAUCGCAGCACACGCAUCAACUUUGAAUGCUCGGAUACACCUGGGUCACCUGUGUUCCAGACUGAGUCAUCAGAGUGUGAGUACAUCUUCUCUUGGGAAACACCUGCAGCUUGUCCAUUAGAGAGGGUCACUGGAGGCAACUGCUCUGUCCAAGUUCCAGAAUUUGGUUUCCAAUUUAACCUCUCCUCACUCUACAACAAAACACAUGACUACACUGUGACUUCCACAGAGCAUGAAUACACUAUUAAUGUUUGUGGCCCUCUAUUGACCAAGAUGGGAGAGUGUGCCGCCACUGACGGUGUUGGGGCUUGCCAAAAACUGCAAGAUGGAACCUUUAAGAAUGCGGGUGUUUUCAACAAGAAUUUGGUCUAUGCUAAUGGAGUUUUGAAGCUGAACUACACCACUGGCUCAGUAUGUCAUAAUGUCUACCAAAGAUCAACUGCUAUCAACUUUUAUUGUGAUGAAAAUGUAAAUGGUAAUGGAGAACCCCACUACAUCCAGGAGACCUCUGAUUGUACAUAUGUGUUUGAGUGGGCCACGCCCCUUGCCUCCCCUUUCAAGGUGGUGGAGUGCAGCUAUAGGGAUGGAGAGCAUCAGUAUGACCUCGCCCCGCUCUCGAAGAUGACGGAUAAUUACAGAGUGCAUGCUGAUGGGAAUAGUGUGGAUGGCGAUGCUUACUAUAUCAACGUGUGCAGAUCACUGUGGCACAGGAAAGGGGCACAAGGAGAAUUCUGUCCAAGCAAUGCUGCUUCAUGUCUCCAAACUGUUGAUUCCAAUGGGAAGAAAAGUUACAUCAGUUUAGGUGAGGUUGGUCAAGGUCCAACGAUGGAGAAUGGUCAUCUUGUUCUACGCUAUAAUUCUGGACAUGCUUGCCCUGAUGGAACAGGAAGGAAGCGUAGUACUGUCAUUCACAUACAGUGUGAUAAGAACUCAGUGGGUACAGCUCCUAUGUUUGACCACGUUGACGGUGACUGUGAAUAUCAUUUCCUUUGGUUGAGCAACUAUGCAUGUGAUAUAACAGAACAUACCGACAAACCUACUGGGGAUUGCACUGCUAUGAAUCCUAUUUCAGGAUUCCGGUUUGACUUUAACUCCUUGAAGAAGCAAGAUGGAUACAUCGUCAUGGGCAGUGAUAGUCAUAAAUAUGUGAUCAACGUUUGUGAUCCUCUUACUACCUCAGUGUGUGAUGGAAGCAAUAUAGGAUCUUGCCAAGAAGAGCUUGCUACGCAAGGGCGACACUUUAACGCUGGUAUCUUCAACAAGAAUCUCUUCUUUGAUGACAGCAUCCUCUUCCUGCGCUAUGAUUUUGGCCAUGCCUGCCAUAGCAACCAUUUCAACAGGAGCAGUGUUAUCAACUUUGUAUGCCCCCAUCAACAGGAUACGGUCGGAGAGCCGGUUUUUAUCGCAGAAUCGGAUGACUGCACCUACUACUUCUCCUGGCAUACUUCCCUGGCCUGUGAGAAAUUUAUCCAGUGUAGUGUGGUCAAUGGAUCAGAUACCAUCAGUCUUGCACCCCUAAUCAAUGACCAGGGUUAUCACUUAGCAACCAACCUCCUUGGCGACGGCAGCUUGGCCUACAUCAACCUAUGCCGACCUUUGAACCCUAUCCCAGGUCUGACCUGUCAUCCCAACUCUGCAGCCUGCCAGGUCAAAGGUGGAAACCCUGUUAAUCUUGGAAGAGUUUCGGAGGGACCUAAGAUUGGUGCAGAUGGGAAACUAGGCAUCACAUACACACAGGGUGACCGUUGUCCCACGGAUGCUACAAAGAAUAUUUCAUCGGUCAUCAAGUUCUUCUGCAAGCAAGGGGUCACCCAGGGAACACCCACUUUGGAGUUCAUCGAAGAUUGCAUCUAUCAGUUCACCUGGGGGACCAACGUGGUGUGUCCUGCUACUGCACCUGAGAGUGAUCAAGACUGUACCUUCUUCAACACAGCCUUGCAGUAUAGGUUUGACUUCACUGCUCUCUCAAAGCAAGAUCAGACGGUUGUAGCAUCAUCAGCUAAGAGCAUGAAGUUGAAGCUGUGCGGUCUAUCAGCUGACCAGUCCGGGGAGUGUAAGGGGUCAGCUGUCUGUCUUCAGGCCGGCAGUGAUAAGUUCUCUCUAGGAAAACUCUCCACUCAGACCAUCAGUCAGGAAGGAGAAAUCUUCAAAGUGGAAUACACCAGUGGAUCCUCCUGUCCUUCAUCUGCUGAAAAGAAGAGACAGGCCACCAUUCUUCUUAUUUGUGAUCGAGAUGCUAAGAAUACACCCCCAACUUUCUUUUCUUCUGACGAAAAUUGCCACUACACGUUCCAAUGGCGUACGCCUGCUGCCUGCCCGGCCGACACCAGACCAUGUGACCUAGCAUACGAGGGAAAUGUCUAUGACCUAUCACCCUUAUCUCGCAUCACUGGCAGCUUUGAAAUCCAAGAUGAUAGCAAAAAUGAUUAUUACAUGAAUCUGUGUCAGCCUGCAUACGAUACGCCUGAAGGCUGCCCGAAAGACGCCAGUAUUUGUCGUGAGAGAGCUGACGGCCAGGUGGAUGUCCUUGGCAUGGUCUACACACAGCAGAUGACUGCCAAAGGAGAUGUUCCAGAUAUUGUGGUGACGUUCAUUGAGGGAACCAAUGUGGAUGAUUGCAGUGAUCCACCUCAGCAGGGUUCGCUUCCAGCUUCUUCAUUGAUCACUUUCAAGUGUGCCAAGAAAAAUGGACGCCCAGUCUUCCAAAGGACUGAGCGCGUUGAUAACAAGUGCCAAUUUCAAUUUCUAUGGGAGUCGAAGGUAGCCUGCAAAGAAGAAAGAGUGUCUGUAACGUUAGUAAACAAAAUGAUCACCGACCCAGAGACCAAUGUCGUCAUGAAUUUCACCGAGAUCAUCGACCAUGGCAUAUGGCAAGCUGAGGGGGACACUCGACUAGAAGCCACCGGAGAGACUGUAAACUAUCUCUAUUACAUUGACAUGAAUGAAGAAGGUCAGACUGAUGGUAUACCAGGUGAUCUUAGUCAUGUCUGUCAGGAUUCAGCUGUCUGUCAAACCAAAGUAGAGGAUGAACGCUUCUUUAGGGAUGUGGGAACAAGGUCCAGUAGACAAUUCUUCAUCGAAGAUGAGUUGGUUGAAAUGGAGGUCACCAAGCCUAAAAGCUGUGGGAAAGAUAAUACUGAGGAUGUUAUAACAACAGUUAUAUUUGAAUGUGAAUCAGCUAUCUCAUAUACCCAGCCUGUGUUUGAGUAUGAAUCCAGUAAUUGUCGAUACUACUUUUCCUGGAUGGUGUCUGCCGUUUGCACAGAAGGAAAAAUAGUAACCCCCGGUGAUGGUGGUGGGAGCGAUUCUGUGGUCAACUUAAAACACCAUCAAGCAUCAAUCAUCAUCUUGAUUUUAAUCAUAAUCAUCAUUUUAUGCUGUCUAGCAAUAGUGUUUCAUAAAAAAGAAAGAAGAUCUGCUGUUUAUUGGAGAAUACGAAGUUGUUGUCCUGGGGCAUAUUCUAAGGUUCCAACUUAUUCUUACUCUCAGCUCUCUAAUGGAGAUCCUGAUGAAUCAAACGAUUCUCGACCUCUGUUUGGCGGUCAAGAAGAUGAAGAAUUACUUCGAGAAACAAGGAGAAAUCCCUUUGAAUUCCACGAUGACAGUGACGAUGAUAUCUUGCCACAUGUAUAGGACAAAAGUGUGAAGUUAUCUUUUAAUCUUAUUACUCAUUUUUUUAUGUAUUUUCAAUGUGGAAUGGAGUGGAGAUGAGGGAUGAGGUCUGAAAAAUUUUAGUAAAAAAAAGACAUGAUUCUACGUGAUUUGAAUGCCGAUCUUGGUUCAGUUGUAAUAUGAAUUGUCUUGCUACAUGAGAUGUGCUGUUUCAUGUUAUAUGAAUGGUAUAUAUAUAUAUUUUUAUAUCAGUUUCUUCUGAGAUGCUUUGAGAUUUGUGAAAUGAAGACAUCUUCACUUGUUUACUAACCCUCGACAGAGGUGGAUUUCUGAUUAUCUUUUUGUUGCACUGAUAAUUCUUACUUUGAUGACAUUUGGUAUGUUUUACUGUUAUGUAAUUAAAGGGAGUACAUAAUUGUUAAAACUGCAGACUAGCAUAUAUGUGUUUUUUCCUAGCAAUGAUUCAUUUAACUCUAGUUUAACUUCGCCCAUACUUUAAUGAAGCACUUGUUACCAUUUGAUUCACUAUGUAUAGAUAAAUAAGUGUUUGGUACCAAAAAAUUAAAAAUAGCUUUAAAAACAGACACACUGGA